UUGUCCCCGCCCUCCCAAUCAUGUGAUUCAGGUGUCCCAAUCCCCUCCAUAUCAUGUGAUUCGGGUGUUCCAAUCCCCUCCCAAUCAUGUGAUUCAGGUGUUCCAAUCCCUCCCAAUCAUGUGAUUCAGGUGUUCCAAUCCCCUCCCAAUCAUGUGAUUCAGGUGUUCCAAUCCCCUCCAUAUCAUGUGAUUCAGGUGUUCCAAUCCCCUCCGUAUCAUGUGAUUCAGGUGUUCCAAUCCCCUCCGUAUCAUGUGAUUCAGGUGUUCCAAUCCCCUCCGUAUCAUGUGAUUCAGGUGUUCCAAUCCCCUCCGUAUCAUGUGAUUCAGGUGUUCCAAUCCCCUCCGUAUCAUGUGAUUCAGGUGUUCCAAUCCCCUCCCAAUCAUGUGAUUCAGGUGUUCCAAUCCCCUCCAUAUCAUGUGAUUCAGGUGUUCCAAUCCCCUCCAUAUCAUGUGAUUCAGGUGCUCCAAUCC